GUAUUGACCUCAGAAAUGAGAAGUCACACGCACACAUUAGCCCAAAAAAGUGCACCGUCACCGUAAACAAACGGUGAGAGAUCAAACGUGGUGCUAUCUCGUGCGGGCUUUUACUAAACGAAGGUUCAAGGUUGUUGUCUUUAAAACGAGACGCUGUGUCACAGCUUUUAUUUUCUCUUCCACUCUCACUCUUCUCUUCAUCUGUUUCUUUUGACGGAAAAAACAACCAAAAAAAAAAAACCCCAAAAGAAAAGAGAGAGAAGAAAAGAAAAGGAAAGAAAGGGAAAGGGAAAGAGAAAGGAAAUGGUCGUUGUAGAUGAUGAUGAUGAUAUGGUGGAGAUGAGAAUCAUCAUGUUCGCUUCUGGAGCUCCCUCUUCUUCCUCUCAAUUCUCUGAUGCUUAUCCCAAAAGGGUUUUGAUGGAGGGGAGAUAUACUGGGGAUUGAGUGAUUUGAUUGAAGGUGUUUGUAAAAAGGUUGUUUUUCUUGAAUUGUUUGUAUUGGGGAUGGCAAAAAUUUCAACUUCACCAGACACAACCAAGGAGAUGAUGAGCUGAGAAAUGGUAGAUUCUCUCAUCACUGCCCUUUCAAUGGAGAAUCAUCAUCCAUCCACCAUUUUGUCCAUGGAUUCCAGCGCCUCCUCCCACGACGAUUUAGAUUUGGAGAUGAAUCGGCAAAUCAUACUGUCCCGUCCACCCGACAUCAAUUUGCCCUUGUCAGCCGAACGCAGCCCGCCUCCGCCAUCGUGGAAUUCAGAGCCCUGUGAUAUUUUAGAUGUUGGGCUUGCUCCACAAGUCUAUGAGACUGAGACUUUCCUUAAUAUCCCCAAGGCUGGAAGGAAAUGUGCCAAGCGGAUUGAUAGUAUUUGGGGUGCUUGGUUUUUCUUUAGCUUUUACUUUAAACCCUCAUUAAAUGAGAAAUCGAAAGCCAAGAUUGUCCGGGACAGCAAUGGAGUGUCUGGGUUUGACAAAUCUGAUCUCAAGCUCGAUGUCUUCAUGGUUCAGCAUGACAUGGAGAAUAUGUACAUGUGGGUAUUCAAGGAGAGGCCAGAGAAUGCAUUGGGCAAGAUGCAGCUGAGGAGUUACAUGAAUGGACAUUCUCGUCAAGGUGAGCGUCCAUUUCCAUUCAGCGUUGAUAGGGGUUUUGUCCGAUCUCACAGGAUGCAACGGAAGCAUUAUAGGGGUCUGUCGAAUCCCCAGUGUGUGCAUGGGAUUGAGGUUGUUCCAGCGCCCAAUCUUAUGGGUCUCGAUGAGGAAGAGCGGAAGAGGUGGAUGGAACUCACAGGCAGGGACUUGAACUUCACAAUCCCUACAGAAGCAAGUGAUUUUAGUUCAUGGAGAAACCUGCCUAACACAGACUUUGAGCUUGAGAGGCCAGCUCCUCCAAUAAAGACUGCCUCAAAUUCCAACUCCAAAAAAUUGCUUAAUGGGUCUGGCCUGAAUUUGUCUACUCAGCUGUCUAAUCAUAGCAAUGGUGAUGCGAUGGACCUAUCACCCAGCAGCAAGAGGAAGAAGGACUUUUUCCCACAUGUGAAUGAUGAUGAUUGCUACUUGGCUGUUAAAAUUCCGGAUAUUGAAAUUCACCCUAAUAAUGAGCCACUCUGGUUGAAUGACUUUAGUGGGGUAAUGAAGAAUGUAUAUGGGCCUGUUACAGCUGCAAAAACAAUCUAUGAGGAUGAAGAAGGAUAUUUGAUCAUUGUCAGUUUGCCCUUUGUGGAUCUUCAGAAGGUGAAAGUUUCUUGGAGGAAUACUCUCACUCGUGGUAUCAUAAAGGUAUCUUGUGUGAGCACAUCUCGCAUGCCAUUUAUCAAGAGACAUGAUAGGACUUUCAAGCUUACAGAUCCAUCUUCUGAACACUGCCCUCCAGGGGAAUUUGUUAGAGAAAUCUCACUUUCAACCCGGAUUCCCGAAGACGCUAACAUAGAAGCUUAUUAUGAUGGGCCAGGAUCUGUGCUUGAGAUUAUAGUGCCAAAACUUCGUGUGGGGCCUGAAGAACAUGAGGUUCGUGUUUGCCUUCGCCCUCACCUGGGAGGCAAUGAUCUUAUGUUGACUUGAGAUAGGCGUUUAUUAAAAUUUGUAGGCAUUGUUGCCAUGGUUGGUGCUUCAUUGUUUUACUAACUUUGUACCAUACAGUGUAUUCUAUGAAACAAAUUGUGCAUCUCACAUUUGUCUUUGCAAAUUUUGCUCGCUAACUGUUAUGGUAUUUGUGCCCAUGAAUCUGUUCAGCUUUUGACUGUAAUGAUUCUUUUCAACCUAUAUUGGAAUCAAGU